AUGCCUAAGAAACAAAAUUCUCACGCGACCAUAAGCAAAAGGAGUCGCUCAACGUCAAGUGAACGAAGUUUAAAUGGAAUUGCAGCGAAGCAUAAACAUUUUCUGAGGAGCAAAGUUCGUUCGGAUACUUAUCAAAAUGAGCCCGAGAACACCAAACACUUAUCGAAAUCAGUACAUCAAACACCAAAAAGACGUCGCGUCACUACACCCAGUACUCCAACAACACCAAAAAGACGUCACGUCACCACACCCAGCACUCCAACGACACCAAAAAGACGUCGCGUCACUACACCCAGCACUCCAACGACUCCUAACAGUAAAGGGCUCAUAACUCCUAUCUCCGAAACGACUUCUUGUUAUUUAACGCCCAAGAGUACUCGCACUGUUGACUUAUUAAAAAGAUCGUCAUCAAGUUCUCCAACCGAAGUUAUUGGAGAGGCAAAGUUGCUUUUUCGAUUGUCCACUGUCCCCACGAAACUUGUAGGUCGUAAUAAUGAGCGGGAGGCUAUUACCGAGUUUUUGAAGAGUAAUAUAAUUGGAGGAACUCCGGGAAGUCUCUACAUAACUGGUGCUCCCGGAACUGGUAAAACAGCGCUAGUCAAUGAAGUUUGGAACAGCAUGAAAGAUACUAUCAAAAAAGAAGCAAGGUGUUCCGUUGAAUUUAUUAUGAUUAAUUGCAUGAACGUCGAUGAACCAAAAAGAAUUUACACAAAAUUGUUGGAUAAUUUGGGGUACGAUACUGCAAAGAAUGCCGAAGAAGCUUUAGAUAAUUUAUUUCUGAAGUCAAAAAAGAAGCUCAUGUAUGUUGUUUUACUAGACGAAAUAGAUUCUCUGAUGACCGUCGAUCAAGAAGUGAUAUAUCGAUUAUUUGAAUGGUCAACCGUAAAAUCCUCGCGUUUGGUUCUGAUCGGGAUAUCGAAUCGUCCUGAACUUACAGAACGAUACCUCCCGCGCCUCAAAAUUAAAAAUAUUUUGCCGAAAGUAAUAAACUUUUCUGCUUAUAGUGCCUCUGAAAUUGUGGACAUAGUAAAAGAUCGCAUUACCGUUGCACGGACUAAUACCGGUGACAGUGAUAGUUUCUCAUCCUUUCUAUCAUCGCAAGAUUCUGACGUGUCGUUAAUACAGGAUCAGGCAAUUGAAUUGUGUGCAAAACGAGUUGCUUCUAGUAAUGGUGAUUGCAGAAAGGCUUUAGACGUCUUUAGGAAAGCAAUGGAAUUAGCAGAAACGGAAAUAGAAGAAUCUGAGACUAACCUGUCCAUAGAAGAUAAAAUUGUGGAGCCAACGCCGUCAGAAAAUUUGCAUUUCCCAAAGAAAUCUAUUGUUACAAUCAGCCAUAUUAAUCAGAUCACAAAUACUGACGUUACUGGUACGCACAUGGUGAAAAGGUUAAGAGAAUUAACUGUUCACCAAUUACUUAUAAUUUGUACCUGUAUAAUCAUGAAAAUCAAGAAAAUCAAAAAAGUUACCUAUGACGAGUUACGUUCUGAAUAUCUACGACUCUGUCGUAAGGACAAUCUUGUCAUCCCAUCUGUUUCCAGUGAAUUCCAUGUUUUAGUAGAAAGACUUGAGAAAGCCGGGUUAAUAAAAGUCCGCCCCGCUAAAGCGAAAGCAACCCGUACGAUCCGAUUAUUGGUUGAAGAAUCAGAUUUUAUGGUGGUAGCGAAAGAUCAUCCGGUCUUGAUUAAU